ACCAAAGAAGGGGUCGGAGCGGGGCUUCUGUAGUCGAUUCUGAAAAUCUUGCUAGCGAAUAGCCCUGUAUUCAACUACAGUACCCACGCGUCACUGUCAAUCCUACUCUAGAGCGUUGGUUAUCACACCACUGUCUAUCUCACUCUCUCCCUGUGUCAACGCAUUGACAUAGCUAGUAGAAGACAAUAAAAAAAUUAAACAUUUCAAGCCGAAGAUGGCAGAGCUUGGAGCGGGGAGCCUGCUGUUGGGGGAUCCUGCUUUUAAUUACCAAGAGCACGAGCUAAAUGAGCGAUUGAAGCGGCUCUACCCGGCCGUGAAUGAGGAUGAGACCCCCUUACCCCGAUCCUGGAGCCCCAAGGAUAAAUACAGCUACAUCGGGCUCUCACAGAACAAUCUGCGGGUGCAUUACAAAGGUCAUGGGAAGAAUCACAAAGAUGCCGCGUCUGUGCGUGCCACUCACCCCAUACCAGCCGCCUGUGGGAUCUACUACUUUGAAGUGAAGAUUGUCAGCAAGGGCAGGGAUGGGUACAUGGGGAUUGGUCUGUCUGCCCAGGGGGUCAACAUGAACAGACUGCCUGGUUGGGACAAGCACUCAUAUGGUUACCACGGCGACGACGGACACUCCUUCUGCUCUUCAGGGACUGGCCAGCCAUAUGGCCCAACCUUCACCACAGGAGAUGUGAUUGGCUGCUGUGUGAACCUAAUUAACAACACCUGUUUCUACACCAAGAACGGCAUCAGUCUAGGUGUAGCCUUUACAGACCUCCCUCCCAACCUGUACCCCACCGUGGGCCUGCAGACUCCAGGAGAGAUUGUGGAUGCUAACUUUGGCCAGCAGCCCUUUGUGUUUGACAUUGAGGACUAUAUGAGUGAAUGGAGGGCUAAGAUCCAUGGCAUGAUCGCCCGCUUCCCCAUCGGAGAGAGACUGGGGGAGUGGCAGGCAGUGCUGCAGAAUAUGGUAUCCACCUACCUGGUGCAUCAUGGGUACUGUGCUACGGCCACAGCCUUCGCCAGGGCUACAGAGACCUUGAUCCAAGAGGACCAGACCUCCAUAAAGAACAGACAGAGAAUACAGAAGCUGGUAUUGUCAGGGCGGGUUGGAGAGGCCAUCGAAGCCACACAGCAGCUGUACCCUGGGCUCCUAGAACACAACCCCAAUCUACUCUUCAUGUUGAAGUGUCGGCAGUUUGUGGAGAUGGUGAACGGUACAGACAGUGAGGUACGAUGCUUUAGUGUCCGCUCCCCCAAGUCCCAGGACAUCUACCCGGGCUCCCCCAGCCUGAGCCCCCGACAUGGAGCCACCAACCCUAAUCUGCACAGUGCAGGAGCAGACAGCCCUACAUGCAGUAACGGGGUCACCCCUCCCAACAAGAACAAGAGCCACAACAAGUACCCAGGUGUCAGCUCUGCCUCCUCCUCCUCCUCUUCCUCCCCUUCCUCUGUCAACUACUCUGAGUCCAACUCCACUGACUCCACCAAGUCCCAGCCUCACAGUGGCACCAGCAACCAGGAGGAGACCAGGUGUGUGGCAAGUGACAGUGAGAUGGAGAUUGAGGCUGAGCACUACACUAACGGGGUGGCAGAGAACCCCUCUGCUCGGAUCAUGAAUGGCACCUACAAGCACCAGGAAAUCCUGCAGGCUGAGGACAGCAGCCUGGGCAAUGGAGUGGCAGAAGAUAGCUGUGCCUCCAGACAGCUGUGCGGAGGGAACCAGGCAGCCACAGAGAGGAUGAUCCAGUUUGGCCGCGAACUGCAGGGCCUCAACGAGCAGCUGUGCCGUGAAUACGGCAAGAACGCCACACACAAAAAGAUGCUGCAGGAUGCGUUCAGUCUAUUAGCAUAUUCGGAUCCCUGGAACUGCCCAGUGGGGCAACAGCUAGAUCCAAUGCAGAGAGAAAAUAUCUGCUCUGCUCUUAACAGCGCCAUCUUGGAGUCUCAGAACUUGCCUAAGCAGCCCCCUCUGAUGCUGGCUCUGGGUCAGGCCACAGAGUGUGUCCAGCUCAUGGCCAGGGUCCGCUCAGGGUCCUGUUCCUUUGCCAGAGUAGACAACUUUUUGCACUAGCCCCAGUCCAGGCAAUGUUCAGGACUGCUAAGAAGAGGUCUUUCCAAUUGGUUGCCAGAUGACUGAGGAGAGCAUGUGUUUGAAUUGGUGUGUCGCUUGCCAUUUGGCAGAAGCAGAUGGACAGGGGAAUGAGUAGAACAUGAAGAAAGCUUAUUUUUAAUUUAGUAUUAUCAAAUACAAAAUGUGUGACUCUAUUUAAAGAUAAUUAAUUAUUAUUCUGUUUAUCUAGUCAUUUUCUCGUUUUAUUUGGUCAGUUUGUUGUGCUCAUCUUGAAAAAAAUAAUCUAAUUCCGUUUUUUGUUUUUGAGUGGAUUUCAAUUCCCUACACAGUAUUUUAAAGAUGUUCAUCAUAUCAAAGAAAUUCACAUUAGCAUGCUUUGUCGUUACCAAGCAAGAUACUCUGGUUUCUUUCAUUCAGAACUCAGGUAUUCACAGCACCUUUGUCAUCUCAGUAUGGGAUAUUGUAGACAGAGGUAGGUUUACCCAGCAGUACAGUGGCUCCUAUUUAGGACCUGCAUUUUUUGGUUCAAAUUCUUACUUCUUAGUAUGCCUUUACUCCAGAAGCUCAUUUAAUUUAAAGUUAAAGGACUGAAUUGGCUUCUGAGAGUACACAUGGCUGUAAGCCACUAACCUGCUGGUCACCUCUCAUCCCCACACAGUAGCAUUCACCUCAGAUCACACAAUGAUGACACUGAUUCAUUUGUGAGUUUCAAUAUAAGUGUAGUAUAUUUCCAAUCAAGUGUCUCCAUUAGUUUGAUGUGUAACAUAUACAGUAACAAUACACAGACAUACAGUACUGUGGUUAAUUUUGAAUUUGGAAAUCACUCUCUGGUUUUUUACUUGCUAAUAAUAUUGAAGAUAUGAAGUCCGAUGUUGAAUAUAUACAAUUUAAUGAUAUAUUGAAUAAAAAAGUUAAACCGUU